CACCGACUCUUUAACGGCUUUCCUGUCAAUUUUCAGUUCACACACUUAUACCCUCGUAUGCUCUCCUAGGAUAUAUUUUCUCACUCUCACCACGCCACACACUGUAUGAUAAACAAUUAAAUAUCAUAAUGGUAGGCUACUGUCCAAUCUGCGGGAAGCCUGUUUACUUUGGUGAGAAGAAGAGGUCCUUAGGGAGGGACUACCACCCUCUGUGUCUGAAGUGUCAAAAGUGCAACAGACAGCUCACAGCUGGACAACAUGCUGAGUAUGAUGAGAAGCCAUACUGUUCACAUUGCUACCUGAAGAUGUUUGGUCCAAGAGGUAACAGGUAACUGGUGUUGCCCUGGCACAAUGCAGUGCUCCUUCACAGACACCAGACUGAGCCAAGACGGACAAAUGCUGACAUAUAAAAGAAAAACAAGGCCAAAAAAAAAAAAAAAAAAAAUACAGAUGAAUAGUAGACAAGUAACCAAUACCUCCACGAAGUUAAAUAUUUAUAAAGGCGUGAUGACCACUUGAUGUCAUGUGUAUGUGAUUGUAAAAGAAAAAUGUAACAGAACUUUGCAUGCAGAAAAUUGUUAGUCAGUAUUAAUAAAUAUAUUAUGUUCCAAA